AUGGCAGAAGCAGAUGCCAACCACUCUCCUCUCAGAGGAAAAAACAAAACAAUUACAAUUUCAAACAUUCCGCUAUCACUAUCCCACGAUAACCUACGGAUGUACCUUGAAGAGGUUUCGUUUGGUGAAAUUGCAAGAGAUGCUAAGGGUCAUCCAUAUCUAUCACUAGCACCGGAAGCGUCAGACUGUCCACGUAUUAUCGCUGUUAAUGGGCUUGCUGGACAUGCCUUUGGGUCAUGGCGAUCCCGGGAGAACUACGCCAUGUGGCUACGAGACUAUCUUCCGGAGGAUCUGGAGCCCAAAAGCCUGAGCGCAAGGAUUUUAACCUAUGGAUACGAUUUGAAGCUACCGGGAAGUCACUCAGAUGCUGGAAUACAUGAUAUCUCCCAGGCCUUUAUCAGAGCGGUGCACGCCGCUAAGAGUCAUGCACCACACCGGCCGACAAUCCUGAUUGGACACAGCCUAGGCGGCUUGGUAAUUAAACAGGCAAUCAAAGACUGUUCCGAAGGCAGUAGGCCGAGCGUCUUACAAUUGUGUGCCGGAUUACUUCUCUUUGGAGUUCCAAACAAAGGACUUUCGAACGCCGAUGGUCUGAGGUCGAUGCUAGACAUAGAGAACUCCUUAAACCCAGCCAACUCUGGCUAUGGUAUUGUGAUCAUGAAUCUCAAUGCUAAGGGCCAGGAUGUUUGGGUCUAUGUCGAGACUUCCAUUGAAGAUGACUCAACGGCCCGCGAUUUGAUCAAAGGUGGUCUGAGAGACGAGGUUCUUACUACACUUGUUAAGAAAUGUGAAGGAAUCACGUUGUACACCGUUGAAGCACUCUGUAUGGUUAUUUCAACGGGGGACGGAACCCGUCAGCUAAGGGGAGAUCUCAGAGUAUUCAACGAAGCCGAUGCGCCACUUCCAAAAACAACUCAAGAUGCAUGUUGUGGGCUAGUAACUAUUGGUGACAGUAGCGGCGCCAUCCGACUUGCUCACUAUUCCGUUCAGGAAUACCUCGAACAUUCUCCUGAAAUUCCGGAAUAG